AUGAUAGAAAAUAUAACUCCCGAACAAAAAGAAAAAAACAAGCAAUACAUUCUUGACCAUUUUGAGGAAUAUGUGUGUGACUCUCGUGGUAAUUUUGUUAAUGCUGUUGAUUUUGAAGGCACCUACGGCACUGAUUACUAUUGUAUUGGUAAGGGCGGGUUGACACCUGAAGGAUAUCGGGAAAUCAAAGCAAAAUUUGGUGUUCGCCAUAAGCAAAAUGGGGCGGAGGAACGAGAAAGGCAGUUCCGAGAAAAUAUAACCAGUAAUAGUGACAAUCAACAAUCCCCUCCAAAUCCAGUUCCAGAACAAUCCCAAAACCCAAUUUCUCCCUCCAAAAACAACAAUCCUCAAACCCAAGACCAGGAAAGGGUAACCAAUAACUAUAACAACCAAACCCAAAAUAACCCCCCCAAUCAAGACCAACCAUCAGAUAAUCCCAAAGAAAACCCUAAUAAUCCCCUCCCUUCCAGUACCGAUAUCCAAAGUAGUUAUAACUCAGACUCAACCAAAUCAGUUAUCGACAACAAUCCUACUCUAACCACCCCCGAACAAAAAAACCAAGUUAAUCAACUCUUAAAACUAAUCAUUACCGCUGAAUUAUUAAUCAAAGAAAAGAAGUUUAAUCCUCAAACUUUAUCUCAACUAAUCAAAGAAAAAGAACAAAGCACUCCUUCUUAUCAAGCCCUUAAUAAAGAAGGAAGAAUGGACCAAGUAAUUCAACAAUUACAAAAUAUUCAAAAAGCACAAAAAAAUAAUAAUCCAGUAGUAAAAG